AACUCAAGUUCAAUCAAAGCUCAGAAGAAUAAAGAAAAACAUAACAUUAAAUAGAAAAGUAGAUAGCUAGAUAUAGAGUUAAUAUUUCUUAGAUAUAUAUAUAUAUAUAUAUUUAUAUAAAUCAUGGGUAGAUCAUCAGGACUCAAAUUGGCCAUCUUAGUCAUAGCAGCAGCUGCUCUCAUGCAGUUCAGCACAGCACAAACGACACACAUAGUUGGAGAUGGUUUGGGCUGGUUGGUCCCUCCCGGAGGCCUAAUCGCUUAUCAAAUUUGGGCUGAUACUCAAACAUUUGUCGUUGGGGAUGUUCUUGUGUUUAAGUUUAGUGAUGCAUUCCAAGACGUAGCAAGAGUGACAAAAGAUAGUUUCAAGAGCUGCAAUUCAAGUGAACCCAUCUCCCUAAAGACAAAGAGUUCAGCAAAUUUCACAUUGGAUACGAUUGGAGAGUACUAUUUCAUUGGCACAAAGGAUAAGCACUGCAACAUGGGCCAAAAGCUAGCUAUUAACGUGACUGCAUAUCCAGGACCAACUCCUAGUCCUGCCCCCACUAUAUCAGGGCCAGUUACUUACUUCGUUGGUGAAGGAUUGGGAUGGUUUGUACCUCCCGGUGAUUCUCUUUUCUAUGCUGCUUGGGCUUUUGGCAAGACCUUCUACGUUGGAGAUACCUUAGUUUUCAACUUCAUUAAUGGAACACAAGACGUGGCCGUAGUGACAGAGAACGUCUACAAAAACUGCACCAAGAACAACACCACUGCCGUAUACGCCACUAGUCCAGUAAAUAUCACCCUCGAAACCACUGGCCAGCAUUUCUUCACGUCAACUUACAGCAAGCACUGCGAGUUACGUCAAAAGCUCGCCAUUAACGUCACCGGUAGCAGCACCGCCAAACCUCCGUCGAGCUCUUCCGCAUCGCCUUCCAUCGCGGAAAGCCCCGCCGCUUCUCCUUUGGCAAACUCAGCUCCUUCCAGAAUGGCCUCUCCCUAUUUCUUCACCAUAUUCUUCGUUAUUUUCUGGGCUUUCUUCCAUUGAUUUUAUAAUAUCUUAUCUAUAUAAAUGGGUAUCUCGAUGAGUUUCGUAUUUAACGGAUAAUGAUUUAACAGAUUUUAGCAUUAUUUAACAGAUUUGAGCACUAUUUAA